AUGGAGGAGGGAUUUGAUCGUUAUACUUUCCAAUUCGCAGAACUCAGUGGAAAAGUGGACUACUGCGCUUUUGGAAAAGUAACUCGGGAUUUUUUGCAUGGCUUUCGUCAGAGUAAGCACUAUGAGGUGAUGCUCAGCGCUUUUCUUCACCGACUCUUCGAGGAACCGGAGCUUGUCAGCCCGGCCAACCUUAAAAGUCUAGAGAAUGCGCUAGUAGAUCGGGCAAACGCUAUACUUUCAGAGGAGCGUGCGAAGGACAAGGAUCGCCUUGCAAAGGGCCGAAAGCCUGUAUAUGAGCUGCAGGAAAGUGAGGAGAGUGAAGAGGAGGAACCAGUACUCACUGAAGAAGAACUGCGUCGACAGGAAGAAGAGCGAUUGGAGCGUGAAUUGCGGGAGGAGGAGCGUUUGGCUGCUCGUGAGGAAGAGCGACGACGUAAUGAAGAGGCCCUACGCGCCCGUGCCCGCCAAGUGGACACAAAGGCAAUGGAGGAGAUGCUGCAGAAUGCGGUAGUACUGAACCCCGGACAUUUGAAGCCAAAGACUGGUGGAAAACAACAACAGCAAAAGAAACAAGUCACGGAGGAUGAACUGCGGGAGAUGGAGUCACAGGUAGCGGCUCUAAUGAAGGAAAAGGAACGUUUGCAGACAGUGCUGGAGACAAGCGAGGAAGAGUUGCCAGCCAAGUUGACGGAGGCAAAAGAGCAGUUGGCUGCCGUGCAGGCGAAACCAAAGAGCCAAGAUGGGGCCACAACCAGCAAGAAGGCACCUAUGCAACCAAAGCAGAUUAACGCUCGCGCUGCUGAGCUUAAACAAAAACUCUCAAAACUUACGGUGGAGCGGACUCGUCUGGCGCUGCAGAUGAAGGCUGAACCACAUCCUCUACGUGAGGAGCUUCUCUCAGUUUUGCAGACUCGUGAUGAGGCCCAACUGAAGCUUGAACAGGCCUAA